ACAAACAAAAUGUCCAUUCUCAAGGUCUAUGCUCGCGAAAUCUUUGACUCCCGUGGGAACCCCACUGUUGUAGACCUGCACACCAGCAAAGGUCUCUUCAGAGCUGCUGUUCCAAGCGGAGCUUCGACUGGGAUCUAUGAAGCCCUGGAACUGCGCGACAAUGACAAGACUCGUUUCCUGGGGAAAGGUGUCUCAAAAGCUGUUGAGCACGUCAAUAAAACAAUUGGCCCUGCACUGGUUAACAAGAACAUCAGUGUUGUGGAGCAGGAGAAGAUCGACAAGCUGAUGCUGGAUAUGGACGGGUCAGAGAACAAAUCAAAGUUUGGUGCAAAUGCAAUUCUGGGCGUCUCCCUGGCUGUCUGCAAGGCUGGUGCUGCUGAGAAGGGGGUCCCCUUGUACCGCCACAUUGCUGAUCUGGCUGGGAACCAGGACGUCAUUCUGCCAGUCCCUGCCUUCAAUGUGAUCAAUGGCGGUUCCCACGCUGGUAACAAGCUGGCCAUGCAGGAGUUCAUGAUCCUCCCUGUUGGGGCCGAGAGCUUCAAGGAAGCCAUGCGCAUCGGCGCCGAGGUGUACCACAACCUGAAGAACGUCAUUAAGGAGAAGUAUGGGAAAGAUGCUACCAACGUGGGUGACGAGGGUGGCUUUGCACCCAACAUCUUGGAGAACAAAGAAGCUCUGGAGCUGCUCAAGACUGCCAUCAGCAAGGCUGGCUACACUGACAAGAUUGUCAUUGGGAUGGACGUGGCGGCUUCCGAAUUCUAUCGCGAUGGAAAAUACGACCUGGACUUCAAGUCUCCUGAUGAUCCCAGCAGAUACAUUACUCCUGACCAGCUGGCUGACCUCUAUAAGGGUUUUGUCAAGAAUUACCCAUUGGUUUCCAUUGAAGACCCAUUUGACCAAGACGACUGGGCUGCUUGGAAGAAGUUCACCGCCAGCGCAGGCAUCCAGGUCGUCGGUGACGACCUGACGGUUACCAACCCAAAGCGCAUUGCCAAAGCUGUGGAAGAGAAGUCCUGCAACUGCCUGCUGCUGAAAGUGAAUCAGAUUGGCUCUGUCACAGAGUCGCUCCAGGCCUGCAAGCUUGCCCAGUCCAAUGGCUGGGGCGUGAUGGUGAGCCAUCGCUCUGGGGAGACCGAAGACACCUUCAUUGCUGACCUGGUGGUUGGGCUGUGCACUGGACAGAUCAAGACUGGUGCUCCCUGUCGGUCUGAACGUCUAGCCAAAUAUAACCAGCUUCUGAGGAUUGAAGAGGAGCUGGGGAACAAGUCCCGCUUUGCCGGCAGAAACUUCAGGAACCCUCGCGUCAACUAAACCCGCUUUUGGCUCCGAUGAGGCUCCCCUCUUUCCCCGACCCACCCCACCCCACCAGUUGCGGUUGAAAGCACUAGUCACCUAAAUUUAGAAACAAAAUAAAGAAAAACUAAGGGCAGCUGAUGUGUAGGGGGGGAAAGACAAAACUUUUUGCAGGUCCUCUAAUCCUAGGCUAUAAUUCAUCUAGUGCAUUUCAUCUUCCUUCUCUCGCCUCCCCAGCUCUGAUCUGUUGCUUCUUAAAGCGCUUGGCUGCUUUUUGUGAACAGACGACUCCCAACACCCCACCCUACCCCAGUCUUCCCUAGAGAGUGUUUCAUUCAUCAUAAUGAAACGAAGGAGAAAGAUUUAAGAGUCCCGGUGAUGCUGGCAUGAAAAUUGUAACGCUGCUGCCAUAUUUUUUGGGGGUAGCCCUAUUCAUGACUGAGGGUAACAAGUGUUUCUUUCUCCUCCUCCGCUUCCCUCCCCACCCCAUCCCAAAGCCCCACCCCCUCUUAGUGUGUGGAAGCUGUGUAACUUGCAGUGCAGCCUGAGGUACCUGCAAAACAGAAAAUAGUAGUUCUCAUGUGAGGUAAAUAAAAAACAGAGAAACGUC